AGUGUUGAACUGUUUUAACCGUUGUUGCAAUUAAACAAUAACAAAACGUAAAUCUAACUAGUAACAUAAAUCUGGUAUUCACACUUUAAUUUGAAUUAAAAUAAUGUUAUAGUUUCUAUCAAUGUUUUUAUCUUUUUAUAUAUUUCAUCAUAGCCAUGACUGCACGUUAACUGAGGCGUUCAGAAGAAACAGCAUAACAGGACAGACCAUUAUUCAGGGAUGGAAUCAGGAGGUUCUCUGUCACGGUGGCUGAACUCUGAUAUUUUCAUCGUGUUUGUGGUGUUGCUGUUGCUCCUAUUGCUGGUCAUCUUUGCUGUAUGCUGGCUCAUGAGACGACAUCACACACAGAGACCCACAGAGAAAAUGGCAGAAAUAGAGAUUAUUCCAGUUGAUGCUGCAGACUCAGGGAACUCACCCAGAUUUACCCUGAAGAUUGUGACUGAGCAGACACAUGCAACAGAGCUUGUGGAGACGUUAACUCGUAGAGGUCGCUCUGUUGAGGUUUCAGAUCGCCAUAGUAAACCCUCUGUCUCUGCUGUUACAAAAGAUGAUGACAACAAUCAAGAUUACACCGAUGCAUUACAGAAUAUAUAAAUCUUUGUGUAGUUUAGCAAUUUUUUAAUCAGAAUGUUUAGUUCACUAGAAUUAAUUCAAUUAUAAAUAUAGAAAUAUGUAAACAAGUGAAUUUGUUAUUUUGUGUGCAACAAGAACAUGGACUG